UUAAUGUUAUGUUUAUAUUUUCUUUAGAUCUUAUAGCGAAUUGUAAUCAUUUUUUGUGAAAUAUAAUUGGUAUUAAUAUAAUGACGUUAGAAGCACAUAAAACUGAUGAAAAAUUGCUGACCACAAUUCAGCAAGAAUAUAAAAUUUUGGCUGAAUACAAAAUGAUUGAAUCGGAGCAAAUAGGAGGAGUGUACGUUAUACCUUCUUUCGGGAACUCAUUGCUUUGGUAUGCUGUGAUUUUCAUACGACAGGGAUUUUACGCAGGUGGAAUAUUUCGGUUCACUAUCCUAUUACCAGAUAAAUUUCCUGAUGAUAAAACGUCUCCAACAAUUAUUUUUCAAAGCGAUAUUUUUCAUCCGUUAGUUUGUCCCUAUACUGGUACCUUAGACAUAUCAGCUGCGUUCCCGCAUUGGCGUUCUGGUGAAGAUCAUGUAUGGCAAUUAUUAAAAUACUUGCAGGCUAUAUUUGUAGAUACAUUAGAAUGUCUACAUAUGGUAGCUGGUACCGAAGGCACCCCGCAGUGUAAUAACGUAAAAGCUGCUGAAUUAUUAAGACACAAUCGUGCUGAAUUUAUUGCACAAGUUAAAGAAUGUGUGAGCAAUAGUAAAGAUCGAAUAUAUGAGCAAUCACCCACAGAUGAUCCACAUUAUAUAACAUUUGAAAAGUUUGAACAGGAAGUUCAUGGACCCACAAUGGAGCAUAUACGUUUAAACAAACACUCAUCUAAUGCCGCAAAUUCGACCAAUUCAAAAGGUUUGUCGUGGGUGAAAGAAGGAGAAUUUACGCCUUUAAGCUUAGAAUAAAUUAUUAUUACUUGUAUAGUUUAUUAAUGUUAAUGUUUUUAUUAAUCUAUUAAUAUUUUAUUGAGU